AUGUCCAGCAGCGUUCAACUAUUGGUCACCAGUAUUGUCCUAUUGAUAAGAUUUACCUAUGCUGAACUUACACUGAAUAACAAAAAAUUGGAAUGGAUUAUUGGUUCCUGGCGAUCGGAAUUCUCCGGAAAGGUGUUCUGGCCAACAGUACCGACAAUGACAUUUGGUGAAGAGUUGAUUAUUGCAGAGGCACCACUUGCCAAAUCCGUUAAUGUACAGUUUUUGAAUUUCAGUGCACGUGCAUGGUCGCAUACAACCAAAGAUCAUUUUCAUGAUGAAUGGGGCUUUAUUACAGUGGAUCCGUCUGGUAAUGCUACACUGAUGACAGCCGGAAAUAACGGAUUUACAACUUAUGAAGUGGGACAAGUUGCACCAAAUAAGAUGAUUUUAACACUGAAAGAUAUUGGAAGGAUUUCAUUCUCAAGGGAUCUUCCAGUUGAAGAUCUACGACGAACAUUCAUCAAACAUGACGAUCAGUAUUUGGAGCAAAUAAUUGAGAUGCGAACAGCAACACAUCCAACACAAGGCUAUCUGGAGCAUACUCGAGUGAUCUAUACGAAACAGAAGAUAUAA